CUCAAUGACACUCAACCAGCGACUAAUUGAGACUGAGAAUUUGUGACAUAAUAAAAUGUCUAAAAAACUUCAAUUAAGCCGUCGUGGACAAAAUGAAAAUGAUGAAGACUCUGAUAUAGCCACUAUCAAACAUUUCCACCAUGAAGAAGACGAAAAUGAUGAAGAAUCUUCUACCAAACAGAGGCAGAACCGUGACAUUAAUGAAGUCGCAGAGGCUACUGUAAAAAAGCCAAAAGCUCAAGAUAUAAUAUCUAGAAUUGAUACAUAUGACAGACCUACCACAUGUGACAGAAGUGUAACAUAUGGCAGAUAUGCCAGACAUGUCAGAUCUGCCACAUAUGCCAGACCAACAAAUAUCAUUGCAGAAGGCGGUUUAGAUGCUAAACAAGGCAUAUACUUCAAAUCAUAUAUUCCAGGUUUUGAAGAAAUAACUGGAAAGAACAUUGGAGAAGAUGGAGUUGGACAAGCUCGUCCUGAAAACCCUCUCUUUGAGGCAGUAGUCAAAGGCCCAAGCGCCUCAGCUGGUACUGAAGUCAGUGUGGUUAAAGUCGAAGCAAUGGCUCGAGCUGAAGUCGCCAGUGCAUCAGCUAGUGUUGGUCCAGUUGGUGUGAAAGUGGGACUUGGAUUUGACACGGGUGCAUCUGCUGGUUUGGAUGGGGUGGAGGCCAAAUUCCUGGGAACUGGAUUCUCAAUUGGUCAAAAAAACAGCAUAUCUGUUCUGGGUUCAGAAGCAUCAUGUUCAGUCAUGUAGUCAUAGAGGUAUUAAUUACCUUGGAAUAUUGAUGUGUAACAUUUUACUACUGAACCAUGAAGAGAAAAAAAAUAAUAAAAAACAUUAACUUUAACUUUGACCGGAUUAAAUGCAGAAUUAGUACUGUCACUGAAUACACAGAAUUAUACUUCAACGACACGAAAAUAAUGUUGUUGUUUUAGAUUUUAUAAUUCUACAAAUUUUAUGACUUUUGUUUUCAUUUCAGAAUAAAUAUUUGUAUUUGGUUAUGUA